AUGCUGUGGAUAUUGAUCGCAGUGAUGUGCAUCGAGCUAUCGACUUUUACCAACGCACAGUCGAAGAAAACUACGUUUACUCAGGAAGAUGCGAACAACACCGAGCCGGAUCAUCCUAUACCCAUGGAAUCGAUGCAGGGAGUGGCAGGACAGAGAGCAACUUUGCCGUGUAAUAUACAACCCCGUGAGCCGAACGACGCAGUCUCUAUGGUGCUCUGGUUCAAAGAGGACAGCGGCGAACCUCUCUACAGCUACGACGCGAGGAAUCGGCAAAGCAAGGCGAAACUAUGGAGCGCCCCGCAUUUUUGGGGCGACAGGGCGUCCUUCAGAGCGAGCCCACCUGCUCAGCUGACGAUCAGAGACCUGCGGGAGAGCGACGAGGGAGUUUACAGAUGCAGAGUCGACUUUCGCAACUCGCCGACCAGGAACCUCAAGGUCAACUUCACCGUCAUCGUACCGCCAGCCAAGCCGAUCAUCUACGACGCGAAGAGAAGAGACAUGAGCAAACUCCUGGAGGCCUACCCCGAAGGAGCUGACCUGUUCCUCGUCUGCGAGGUUCACGGAGGUAAACCGAGACCCCGAGUCGCAUGGUUUCUGGAGUCGCAAAUAAUCGAUGCGCCGUCAGAGAUUCGAGAGACCCAAGGGCCAGGAGGUGAAACCAACGUCGUAACCAUAAGCAACGUGACGCUGCAUGGUCUCACGAGGAGCCACUACCAUGCCAAACUGUUCUGCAAGGCGAGCAAUACUCAUUUAGCACUGCCGUCCACCACUGCCGUCAUCAUCGAGCUUCACAUGAAACCGCUCAAAGUGGAAAUUACGGGAAAGGACAAGAUUCUCUCGGCGGGGAAGAAGUACGAGACUAGGUGUCAGAGCACGGGAUCGAAGCCACCGGCUGUCUUAACCUGGUGGAAGGCUUCGAAGCAGCUCAAGAGGACCAUCAAAAAUGAAGACGGAACAAGCGUGAGCGUACUGCACUGGACACCUUCGAUCGAAGACGAAGGAAAGUUUCUCGUGUGUCGAGCAACGAAUCCGAAGCUGCAGGAGGCUGGGAUCGAGGAACGAUGGAAACUAAAAGUACACUUUUCCCCUGUGGUCACCCUGAAGAUGGGCUCGUCGUUGAAUCCGAAGAACAUCAAGGAAGGCGACGACGUUUACUUCGAGUGCAACGUUCGGGCGAAUCCUAGAGCUUACAAAUUGACAUGGUUUCACGAG